AUGGGGACUUUUGAAACAACAGGUUCAGAGAAGUUUUCUACUCAUAAUGAUAAGGAAGAUUUGGAAUCUGUAAAAAGAGUUGUAAGAGUCACCUAUGAAGUUGAUCGUUAA